GUGAGGGCUCUUUGUUUUUCUCCUUAGGUGAUGGCCAUCGCCACUCUGGCCGCCUGCUAUAACAACAAGCAGGUGUUCAGGGGCGUAGUGAAGAUCCGGAAGGGACAAGCCGUCACUCUGAUGAUGGAUGCCACAAACAUACAGGCUGUCAAAGCCAUCAUGUACCAGUAUGUGGAAGAGAUCUACCAGAAGAUCCCCAGCACGGACCCUUCGUCCAACAAGACGCAGCAGAUCAUCGCCUCCAUCCGCGCCAUGAGCCUGCCCGGCGGCCCCAUGGCCUCGCGCCACCACUACUCCCCCAUCUACCUGUCGUGCGCCAUGCUGCUGGCCGCCCUCAGCUGGCAGUACCUCAGCACCAUCUUCAAGGCCGCCGAAGAGUACGUCCAGGCGGGCGAGAACUGAAGGGCGGGCAGGCGGUGGGAGAGAAGAGAUGGUCGGCGGACGGGCAGCAGAGGCGGGAGGCUCCUUGCCCCUGCUGGUGGGGACAGCCGGGUGCCACCGGGCCCGCGGGCGGUGAUGAGGACGGGACGCCGGUGGCCUGGAGCCCCUGUGGGGACAGCAUGGCGUCGCCAGGCUCCGCUCCUCACCUCUCUUGCUGCCUGCGUGGCUGGUUGCAAGCACCAAUCGGAGUCUUACUGUUUGCGGUUGAAUUUGGAUUUUGGUUUUUCCCUCCUUUCCUGUUGGACAGUUUACCUGAUUACUACCGAUUGGAUUUUUCUUUUUUUUUUUUUUUGGUUAGGAUGGUUGAAAUAGAAACUCCAGUUGCCUCUUUUCUUGCUUGAGAUUUGAGACGCCUUUCCAGCUCAGAGCCGCGGGACGGGAGCCUUUUCUGGGUUUGGCCUCCCUUUCUUACACAGCCCCUUUUCCCCACGCGGAGGGCUCUGGCUUCAGCCAGGAGGCACUGCACUUAGCCAGCAGAAAGCUCUGGCCAUCUUCUGGCCACCAGCCCGGGCUGGUUGCCCUCCUGGCACCUGGAACCAGGGGCGAUCUUCACCUUUCUGUCGUUGUAUUUGAGGAGGCUGCUAGGCUUGAAACGAGCCCUUUCCUUGCUCAGUGUCGGAGGCGUGCUGCUCUGGCUGCUGGAACGUGCACCCUGCCCAAAGCCGGCUCUUGCAGCUCCUUCGUACAGGUGGCACUGUGCGUUGCAAAGCUUUGGGUUUUAGCAGCUGGGGAGGUGGUGAAAGGGAGUGGGAAGGAGUUGCCCUGGGCUAAUGUGAGCACAGCCACCCACCUUUGCUGCAUGCUCUGGGCUCUGCACUUUUGUAGCCCAGAGGGAGCUUGGGGUGGCCCAGGCGGGUUUUCCUGGCCCACUUGGCUGCAGCUCGGGGUGCUGCGAGUGAGUCUGACGUGCAAACUGGAAGAGCUUUCCACUGCUGUUUCGAAAC